AUGGACCGACUGAAGUCGAAGCGGACGUCGCGGCGAGCACAGAACACGAGGAUUAUAAACGAGGCAAGUGCUCUUCUCGCUAACGACUCUGCAUCUUAUGACCAGCUCAAUUCCAUAUAUGAGAGGCUGAAGGCUAACAACGACGAGCUUCAGAACUUGAACAACCAGAUCGAGCAGCACAUUCCCGACGAAGAGUUCGAGGCCGAGUAUAACGCCGUCCUGGAAUAUGAAGAUAAUGCGACGCGAACUCUCGCAGAGAUUCUCAGUAAAAAAGAUCGCAUGCUACAGUCGUCGACACUAACCGAAGGAACGGUCGCCCAAACGGUCGCAGCACCAUUAGACGGAACUGGAGUCAGAUUGCCUAAACUGACAAUAGCUCCUUUCUCUGGAGACCUAUGCAAGUGGACGGAAUUUUGGGAACAGUUCGACCACAUUGUUCACAGUAACGUCCGAAUCACUGCAACAGAGAAGUUCCAUUACCUACGACUGUAUCUGAAAGGAGAUGCUGCAUCAGUAAUUGCGGGACUUCCGACGACUGAGAGUUGCUACAACGACGCCAUCACCAUGCUACAGAAGCGCUUUGGUGACAAGACGCGCCUGGAACAAGAGUACUUUGCGAAACUACGGAUGUUGACCCCUGUUCGUUCAUCAAAUGACACGAAAGCCCUACGCAACUUGUACGACUACGUUCUCGUCAAUAUCCGCGGACUCGAGACUCUGGGUGUGCACAAGUCAUCCUUCUCAUCUAUGCUCUGCGACAUCCUACUGCGUGCUCUUCCACGGGACAUAGUCGUUCAGUAUCAUCGGUCGUGUGCCGUCCAGGUGGCAUGUGACUCGAGAAGUGAUGCUACUCCCGUGGGACUGGAUGGUCUGCUCAACUUCCUGGGCAUUGAGCUGGAAAGCUUAGAGAAGAGCGAUUUCAAUGACGCUGGAAGACGAGAAUUCGGAACAACGCCCGCGGCAAGUCAGUUGACGUAUUCUCGCCGUGGGAAACCUACGUCAUCUGUGCUUCACAGCAACUCGUCAAGGGAACCAAAAAGGACAACUGCGUCUUCUGCUCGUCCAGUCAACACAAAUCUGAACUGUGCACAGCUGAGUUACCACUGA